CCAAACCUACCACCGGGCCGACCCCGUGGUCACGAUGUUUGGUCGGCCUGAUUAGUUCCUGGUUGGUAGCAUCCAAGGUCUCGACGCCUUGUUACCUCCCAUGUCUGCUCCACAUACCAAGCGUAUUUGCCAGAUAAUCAAGCUCAAACCAGAAUGCGCCGACGAAUACAAAGAGGUCCACAGGAACGUCUGGCCCGGCGUCCUCAACGCCAUUAGACGGUACCACAUCGUGGACUACUCUAUCAACCAUUACCCGCAGCUGAAUCUGCUUAUCGCAAACUUCAAGUACACGGGUAGUGACUUUGAGAAAGAUAUGAAAGCCAUCGGGGACGACGAGGAGACGCAGAGGUGGUGGAGGCUCACAGAUAGUAUGCAGGAGAGCUUCAAUGAUGGUGCGUCUGGGAGUGGAAAGGAUAUCCCUUGGUGGACGGACGUUGAGGAAGUCUUCCGGUUCGAAGGGGGCUCUUCAGCAUGAUACGUUGACAGCCAUUGCUGAUGAGAUUGACUACCUCACUGCGUGAAUCAAGUAUUGGAUGGCAGCUAUGCCGUCAGCGUGUAGUAAACCGUGCCAUGAUAAAAAAAAGUAGUGCGAUAUUGAAAAGGCAGAGAAUGAAGUAAAUUUGCUCAAG